ACUUCUACCUCAAAUACUCUUUUGAGCAAGGACAGGGCAGACAGCAACCGUGCCGCACAGAGCGAAAGGACAGACACCGACGACACAAAUGGCUUUAACUGUGUGCAACGCCGUGGCUUCUAUUUUGUUUUGGAUUUCUACGUUUGUUUCCACGGCACGGAUUUAUCCUCCGAAUGAAGUAACGUUGCUGGAUUCCAGAACAGUUCAGGGGGAAUUAAAAUGGGUUGCGAGUCCAACAGAAGGAGGGUGGGAGGAGGUGAGUAUUAUGGACGAGAAGAACACGCCCAUCCGCACCUACCAGGUGUGCAACGUGAUGGAGCCCAGCCAGAACAACUGGCUGCGGACUGACUGGAUCCCCCGGGGAGGCGCGCAGCGCGUCUUCAUCGAGAUCAAGUUCACUCUGCGGGACUGCAACAGCCUGCCCGGCGUCAUGGGCACCUGCAAGGAGACCUUCAACCUCUACUACUACGAGUCCAACAACGACAAGGAGCGCUACGUCCGCGAGAGCCUCUUCUCCAAGAUCGACACGGUCGCCGCCGACGAGAGCUUCACCCAGGUGGACAUCGGGGACCGCAUCAUGAAGCUGAACACGGAGGUGCGGGACGUGGGGGCGCUCACCCGCAAGGGCUUCUACCUGGCCUUCCAGGACGUGGGCGCCUGCAUCGCCCUGGUGUCGGUGCGGGUGUUCCACAAGCGGUGCCCGCUGACGGUGCGCAACCUGGCGCAGUUCCCGGACACGGUGACAGGGGCGGACACCUCCUCCCUCGUGGAGGUGCGCGGCUCGUGCGUCGACAACUCCGAGGAGAGGGAGGUGCCCAAGAUGUACUGCGGGGCGGACGGCGAGUGGCUGGUGCCCAUCGGGAGCUGCCUGUGCAGCCCCGGGUUCGAGGAGCGCGGGGGAGCUUGCCAAGCCUGUAAGGUGGGUCACUUCAGGGCCUUAGCGACGGACGGCAGCUGCAGUAAGUGCCCCCUUCACAGCUACUCUGUCCGAGAGGGCUCCACCUCCUGCACCUGUGACAAGGGCUACUUCCGCUCCGAGACCGACCCCGCCUCCAUGCCUUGCACCCGACCCCCCUCAGCCCCUCAGCACCUCAUCUCCAAUGUGAAUGAGACGUCGGUGAACCUGGAGUGGAGCCCGCCGGCGUCGACGGGCGGCCGGCAGGACCUGAGCUACAACGUGGUGUGCAAGCGGUGCGGCGGGGGGGCGGAGUCGGUGGCGUGCCAGCCCUGCGGCGGCAGCGUGCACUUCCACCCGCAGCAGCUCAGCCUGCGUGGCACGCGCGUCUCCAUCAACGACCUGCAGGCCCACACCAACUACACCUUCGAGGUGUGGGCCGUCAACGGCGUGUCCAAGCAGAGCCCUGGGCGGGAGCAGGCCGUGUCCGUCACCGUCACCACCAACCAGGCUGCUCCCUCUCCGGUCACCUCCCUCCAAGCCAAUGACAUAACCAGGCACUCUGUGUCGCUGGCCUGGCAGCAGCCCGAGAGACCCAAUGGAGUCAUCCUGGAGUACGAGGUCAAAUACUAUGAGAAGAACCAGAACGAGCGCAGCUACCGCAUCGUCAAGACCUCGUCCCGGAGCGCCGACAUCAAGGGCCUGAACCCGCUCACCUCCUACGUGUUCCACGUGCGCGCCCGCACGGCCGCGGGGUACGGGGACUUCAGCGCCCCCUUCGAGUUCACCACCACGUCCGUUCCCUCUCCGAUCAUCGGCGACGGAGCCAACUCCACCGUGCUGCUGGUGUCUGUCAUCGGGGGCGUGGUCCUGCUCCUCUUCGUCAUCGCUGCCUUCGUCAUCAGUAGGAGGAGGAGCAAGUACAGCAAAGCCAAGCAGGACGCGGAUGAGGAGAAACAGUUACACCCAGGCGUGCGGAUAUACGUGGACCCCUUCACGUACGAGGACCCCAACCAAGCCAUCCGCGAGUUCGCCAAGGAGAUCGACGCCUCCUGCAUCAAGAUCGAGAAGGUCAUCGGUAUCGGUGAGUUUGGGGAGGUGUGCAGUGGCCGCCUGAAGCUGCCGGGCAAACGGGAGAUCUGCGUGGCCAUCAAGACCCUGAAGGUGGGCUACACCGACCAGCAGAGGCGGGACUUCCUGAGUGAGGCCAGCAUCAUGGGCCAGUUCGACCACCCCAACGUCAUCCGCCUGGAGGGAGUGGUCACCAAAUGUAAACCUGUGAUGAUUAUCACAGAAUACAUGGAGAACGGCUCUCUGGACGCAUUCCUUAGGAAGAACGACGGGCGCUUCACGGUGAUCCAGCUGGUGGGCAUGCUGAGGGGCAUCGCCUCGGGGAUGAAGUACCUGUCCGACAUGAGCUACGUGCACCGCGACCUGGCCGCCCGCAACAUCCUGGUCAACAGCAACCUGGUGUGCAAAGUGUCCGACUUCGGCAUGUCGCGGGUGCUGGAGGACGACCCCGAGGCGGCCUACACGACCAGGGUUGUAACAGGAACCUAUCAAUCACAGGGAGGGAAGAUCCCAAUCAGGUGGACGGCCCCCGAGGCCAUCGCCUACAGGAAGUUCACCUCUGCCAGCGACGUGUGGAGCUACGGCAUCGUCAUGUGGGAGGUGAUGUCAUACGGAGAACGGCCAUACUGGGACAUGAGCAACCAGGACGUGAUCAAGGCUAUUGAGGAGGGGUACCGGCUGCCCCCGCCCAUGGACUGCCCCGUGGCUCUGCACCAGCUCAUGCUGGACUGCUGGCAGAAGGAGCGGAGCGAGAGGCCCAAGUUCUGCCAGAUCGUCAACAUGCUGGACAAGCUGAUCCGCAACCCCAACAGCCUGAAGAGGACGGGAGGGGAGACCAGCCGACCCAACACCACCCUGCUGGAUCCCAGCAGCCCUGAGUUCCCCUGCAGUCUCGGGACGGUGUCCGGGUGGCUCCAGGCCAUCCAGAUGCAGGGCUAUCAGGACAACUUCACCGCCGCAGGCUACACCACCCUGGGGGCUGUGGUGCACAUGACACGGGAGGACGUGGCCAGAAUAGGAAUCUCUUCAGCGGUGCACCAGGACCAAAUCCUGACCAGCAUCCAGGGAAUGCUGUCCCAAAUGCAACAGAUACAAGACAGAAUGGUUCCAGUUUGAGCCACAACUCAAAACUAUUUUAAAGGAAAAAAAAGACAUGAAUUAAUGGGAACAGUUUACCUCAUCCAUGCACUUUAAAUAAAAAAAAAGAAAAUGUAAAAAAGAGAAAA